UUGUGAGCGGGAACCUCUUAGUCGUGCACGGAGAAAGAACGAUUUAAAAAUGGGUGAUGUUGAGAAGGGCAAGAAGAUUUUUGUUCAGAAGUGUGCCCAGAGCCAUACUGUGGAAAAGGGAGGCAAGCACAAGACUGGGCCAAAUCUCCGUGGUCUGUUUGGGCGAAAGACAGGUCAGCCUGUCGGAUUCUCUUACACAGAUGCCAACAAGAACAGAGACAUCACCUGGGGAGAGGAGACACUGAUGGUGUAUUUGGAGAAUCCUAAGAAGUACAUCCCUGGAACAAAAAUGAUCUUCACUGGCAUUAAGAAGAAGGGAGAAAGGGCAGACUUGAUAGCUUAUCUCAAAAAAGCUACUAAUGAGUAAUAGUUGGCCACUGCCUUAUUUAUUAUGAAACAAAUGUCUCAUGACUUUUUAUGUGUACCAUAUUUAAAUUGAUCUCAUAUACUAGAAUUCAGAUCAUGAAUGGAUGAUGUAGUAUUUCUGUCCUGAUUUGAAUAAGAUUGGCUUGUGGCUAAAUGAAUAUGGUCAGCUUUUUGAAUUUUGAUAGUUAAUUCUGGUUCAACAAGUACUAUCACCGUUUUCCCCUUCUAAAGAGAUGAUUAAACUUGAAUAAGGAAUGUUAAACUUUUCAGGGAUAUGGUGAAUGCCUUCUCAAACCCUAUAGGAGAUUGGUUUUAUAUUUAGAUUUCUAUAACUGGUUAUAUUAAUAUAUUUAAAUAUUGAGAAGCUCCCUUCACU